CAAGGGACAAGGACUCCUGUGCGCCUCCUUGGUGAGGUGUUCCAUAUUAUAUCUCUCGGCUGGCCUGGGAACGCAUUUGGUGUUCUGUUUGUGGCAAUUUUUCUCCUUUCUCCAUAAAAAAGAAGUUGUUAACAUAUCUCACACCUUGAUCUCGUGAGAACGCCAUUAGACCCGCGUAGAUGACUGUGCUUCAAAGCAGGGGAGCUGCUUGCAGGUAAACUACCCGAACAGCAUUUACAAUGCCACAUACCUUUAAUUCUCGUAGAAACUUCAUUCAAACGUGAUAUAAAUAAUGAACUUUUGCUGAUAGAUUUUUUUCCUCGACAGUAUUUAUCUUGUAACGAGGAAGAAGGUUCAUUUAAAACAAUGGACCUAAAGGGUGUCCAGAAUUUCGGUGUCCAGUAAGGUCGAUUUACGAAAGGAUUUAAUAGUGAAGCAGUCGGUGUUAAAAGGAUUACAGUCAGUCUGAUCUUGCAGUAUAAGGCUAUCCGAAGUCCAAUCGACUUUUUUUUUCGGGCUACAGGCUCAGCCCAGUGCAAUAAAUAACGUCAUCUAUACGAGGUUUUUAAUAUGAUAGGUGACGCAAACCCCACGAAUAAAGAAGAAAUUAUUAUAUUAAAUUGACACAAGAAACAAUCAAUAUAUUUCUAAGACUUGUGUUUUAUAUAAGGCAGUCUAGCGAACAGCAUGUCACGCCCACGAGGCUUUUAUAGUCAAGAGGAUGGAGCGAGUCGAGCAGAUUGCUUUUGAGGGUGCAAAGGGAUUGUAGUGCAGCUCAGCAGCUAAGGCGCAACAUGAAGCCUUUUCUUUUCUCUUUAUUUUGGCUUGUCGGGGAUUUACAGCCAGCUCUUUCUGCUGGUUUGAAGGAUACACCGACUCUCGGGUCCAAAAAUACUCCUCGACUUCUGAGCAAAGAUAUUCUGAGCGUUGGGCUUGAAUACCAAAUUAAUCAGAACCACAGUGUGUUGUUCUAUGAGGAGGGCUCAGAUGAACUGUACCUGGGAGGCAAUGAUUUUAUAUUGAAACUCAAUGUGGACGACUUCCACGUCAUAGAGAAAUUUCAUCUGAAUGCAACGGGGCAAGAGGAAUGCCAAGAGGACCCCUGUGAAAAUGUUAUCACUGUCAUUGAGAAGUUUCAGAACAACCUGUUUGUCUGCGGGACGAACGGACAGAAACCAGAGUGCUGGCAACUUCGCCCUUCAGUGAACAAUCGGUCUCUUGAAAUAUUCGAUAGUCGUGACGGGACAGGAAUCGCUCCAUUUAUCUACACACAGAACUCCCUAUCGCUCACAGUAGAAGGGGAUCUGUAUGCAGCAGCACCUUUGGAUGCUGAUGGAAGUACAUUGCAGUUCAGAAGACAAGCUGGCCGCAGGACUAAUGUCUGGAUGUAUGACAGCUGGGUCUCAGAGCCCACGUUCGUCUCUGCAUCAUGGGUGCAGCGGAAGGACGACCCAGACAAUGAGAAAAUUUAUGUCUUUUUCCGUGAGAAGAACUCAGACCACAACCGAGAGGCUGACCCACUGAUAUCUAGGGUUGCCAGAGUUUGUAAGGUGGAUGAAGGUGGAUCAAAACGAUUCUUCCAGAACAUGUGGACAUCUUUUCUCAAGGCUCGUCUUGUGUGUGGAAUUCCAAAGGAGUCGCUGUAUUUUAACCGCCUCCAAGAUGUUUAUGUGAUGCACGCAGACAACUGGCAAGACACCAGGGUCUAUGCCCUCUUCACGAGCAACUGGAAUUCUACAGCAGUCUGCAUCUAUACAAUAAAAAUGAUUGAAAAUAUAUUUGAGAACUCCAAAUUCAAGGGCUACAACGACAACGUUCCCACGCCAAGGCCAGGAACGUGUUCCACGAACAGCAAGUCUUUGCCACGUGACACAGUCAAUAUUGUGAAGGAUCACUCAGAAAUGGCCGACUGGGUUGACUCAGAUCCUUUUUAUAUAAGCACCAACAACUACACCAAGAUAGUCGUGGACAGAGUUCAGGCUGCAGACCAAAGAUUUUAUAACAUUCUGCUUCUAGCUACUGAUUCCGGGAAGAUCCAUAAAGUCUUGGAGUCUGGGUCAGAACCUUUUAUCAUAUCUGAAACGCAGCUCUCCAACUCUUCAAUCAUACAGUCAAUGAAGCUUGACUCUAAAAAGAAAACAUUAAUUGUGGGGUCUGCUGAGAGAAUAACUGCAGUGAACCUUCAGAGUUGUCAGGAGUACAGCAAGUCUUGCGAAGAAUGUGUUCUGGCCCGGGAUCCAUACUGUGCCUGGACUAACGAUGGAUGCACCUCGACUGUCCCCGGGAGCAUUCAGAAUAUCGUGGAUGGGAAAACAAACGUAUGCAGUUUAACAGUUAAAGAGCUAAGAAACCGGACCAAACGUGAGAUACCUCCACUAUCAUCAGUGCAUUUGAGGACAGUUCAUUCAGUCCCCCAGGGUGCGCCUUUCUAUCUGUCCUGUCCUAUAGACUCCUACCACGCUGAGUAUACAUGGGAGCAAAAAGGUCAAAAGAGUCCUUGUUUGCAGAUGCUUACCAACUGUCUGCACCUCAUUCCUUCCAUGUCACAGGAGAAGUAUGGCACGUACAGAUGUAUUUCAGAAGAGAAAGACUACAUCAAAGUGGUGGGAACAUACGAGCUCAUAGAGAACCAAGAACCAAAAAGGUGCUCAAAAAGCAAUACACCUGACAACUGGAACGCUGCAUCAGCUCUUAUUCCAGAGAUGACAUGGAUCACGCUGCUUGUAGCAAUAACUUCUUUUUGAACUGACUCUCUGUUACUCACUACUUUUAAUUUGCAGUGUCAAAAUGUCAGGCCCUCUGUACUCAUGCAGCACUAACGGAAAUCCAUGUCAAGCCUUUAGCGGAACCUAACACAGAAACAUUUCUGCUGUGAAAAAAGUUUGUUUCAAAGAGGGGCUUGAACAGGAAGGGGAAAGACAAAAGAAAGCAGUACAACCGGUCAGCAGUGCACAGCUUGAAUGGUCUCUAAUGGUGAUUGAAAACAUCGCAGCAUCUUACAUAAAACACUUUAGCUGAGUACCUUUCUUCCUUUUAACACAAUCAAGGAAAUGGAAGGCACAGAAAGUAAUCAGAGGUAAUUCCUCUAUACAUGAAUGUAUAUCUCAAGUCAACAACACUAUUAAACUAUGAGUGUAAGUAGGAAAGCUUCCAGUCAAAGGGCCACAGACAAUAUUUAAACAGUAAGUCUGCUUAAUUGUAAGUCUUAUACAAACUGAAGGGAAGAGAGCUCGUUCCACUUUGGUCCAUAUAGAACCAAAAAAAUGUAAAUGAUCUGUUUUGACAUUGCACUGCUGACCAGAUAAUUUAGAAAUGUGUCUCCACCUUCUUUUUGCCUAGCCGUCUCAGUGCUCAGAAAGGUAUCUUAAAAAUGCACAAUGAAAAUAUUUGGCUUUGCAUAUUGGGAAAUGGCUUCUCUCAGUAUUUAAAAGCAUUUAUGUCAAAAAUACUCUAAAACAUGCAAAAAGUUGGCCUAUUUGUAGUGUUAUCAUUUCUAACACGUACCCAAUUUCAGUGAGUAUGUGUUUUCCUGACGCUGCGCAGAAUAGGGAUAGUGAAGGUGGAUGAGUUGGCAUUGCUCAUCCACAGCAGGGAUAAUGCAUAAAAGAGGAGAAGAAGCAAGUGCAGGUAGUGUGGAGUGGAUGGAAACGAUUGUCGGGGUGAUUUGUGACAGAAGGAUAACAGCAAGAGUGAAAGGGAAGGUUUACAAGAUGGCAGUGAGACCUGUUAUGAUGUGCGGUUUGAAGACGGCGGCAGUGACAAAAAAGACAGGAGGCCGAGCUGGAGGUGGUAGAGAUUUUGUUUUGUUGGGAUUAGAAAUGAGUCAACGGUUUGGGGAAGUGCAGAGGAGGCGUAUUAUUAUACUGGAAAGGAUGUUCAAGAUGGAGUACCUCCAUAAGAAAAAAAAAUCUUAUUUUUGUACACAUUUUGUGUCCCUUCAGUUUGACAGUAUUAUAGCACUGAUAGCACUUUUCUUUUUUUCUUUUUUUUCAUGACCUAUACUAUAAUACAAAUAAAAUGGUGCACAUAAUAUUGUUAAAAUGAAUUAUUACAAUCACCUUGUAGAGCAAACCUCUAAAGAACGCAGAGUUGGCCUCAGUAGCCUGAGAUGGAGUCAGAUUCCUUACCUGAAUUAUUGCUUUAGUCCCUUGAUAAAGAGUGUUAUAGAGCAAUAAUGUAGCUAAUAAACCACUUAAAACUUUAUUUACACCAGAAUGUAGUAAGCUGUGCCUUGUGUUGCUUUAAUUCUAUGAAUUUAACAUAAUGUCUCUUUAUAGCUUGUGUCAUCAUGUUGCCUUACACACAUGUAUUUUGGUACAGCGUUAAAUUAUUUAAUCCUGAAUGUUAAAAAAAUGUAUUUACAUGAAAAGUAUUAUUUAUUUCAUUAUUCACAAAAUAUUUAAAGAGAUAAGAAAACUUGCUAAUGUCUUGUAAUGAUUUCUUCAUCAUAAAAAAAGAGUGUGACAAUUUACUGUUCACAAGGAGUCAUCCUAUUAGGUAAGAUAUUAUUAUUUAAUCUUAGCACGCUGUGUUUUCAUCAGUCAGAGUACUCAGUAAAUAACUUUCAGCAUGACAAGAGGGCAGAUGACAAAGCAAGGAUCUUGAGCUUAAGCUGUCUUUUACCUAGAUCUAGUCUCAGCGUUCUUAAUGACUGCACAGAGUACAUCCUGCUUAUGUAAAGAGAUUUUUUUUUGGGGGGGGGGGCACUACAGUGUAUGUGCAUAGACAAAAACAAGAAAUGGAAAGGAAUUUGGGUGGAGUCUGAUACGAUACGGCUGUAAGAUUUUCUUUCAGAUUAACUAAUUGAAGUCCAGAAACUCCAUGGAAACCUUGUGUUGUUUAUGCUUCUCUCACCCUGUCUCCAAAUAUGAGAUAACACAGCAUCCAUUAUCCAUUAUGGUGUAACACUUGAUUCUGAACUUGGCUCUCACAGUGGUGGUCUCAGUCUUUUGGCCACACUCUGUUGACCAAACCCUGUUGUUGCAGUUUCAUUCUAGGAAAACACGCUCUUUCAGCCACUGACACACUAUGUUGUUGUGGGCUCUGAUUUACAGCCAUGUGGUUUUAACUGUUUUGAUCUGCAGAGUCUACACAAAUAUUUAACACUGUAGAAGGAGAUGGUACUUUCCGCUGUUUAUGGUUCAUAUGUUGUUCUGUCUGUCUUAGACUACUAUAAUUAUAAUGAAGCUUACUAAAUCUGUAGCUUAAGACAGAAUUUACAUAAUCCCUGAUCUAACAACUAGGUUUGUCCUUUGGUAAACCAUCUGCAUGCACUCACAUUUUGUUUAUGUCUGGGUUCUUUUCUGAGUCACUCCUCAUCAAGUUGUAGAAAUGUGUCAAGUGGUGUUAUAGAGGACUUACAGCUAAGCAUCACUGAUAGGCUUUACUUUAGGCCUAUGUUAAGAAACACUUACGGUAUCACAGCACUAAGCUGGUGCUGCAUUGGUGUCUGAGGUUACAGAUAUGGUGACUGACAAACAUGUUUUUGGUUUCUGUUCUGUUCUGAUAAGAAUAAAUCUUCAUUCAGGA